GCGGCGCUAGUGCGCCCGGUAACAUUUUUCAGUGCGCUGCUUACGGCUCUUGUGUCUGCGUGAUGCAUGCUGGGACCACGAGACACAUACGCCACACGGAAGUAGGUGUCAGGCAACUUUCCUUCGAGUGUACAUACACAAGUGUUUCGUGUCGGCGUGUGAAAGUUUUGAAGUUUUUAAUCAGUGAUGAUUUUUUGUCUCACGAAAUUUAAGAAAAAGUAACUGAAGUUAUUUUACCGUAGUUUCUACAGGCUUGUGAAGAUAUACAGACAUAUUAUCGUUUAUGCAAAAACUGUGGAAUUUUAAUUAACACAGAUCUCGGUUCAGCAGAAGAAAAGUUGGUGUUCCUUGUUUAAUACAGGACCUGAACUGUGGACCACGCAGAUCAGAGGGUGUGCAACAUGCGUGAGCACACCACUGGCUGCUGCCACGGAGUGACGACCGGUGUGUCUCGAAACGUCGGAAAUAGCAGCAUCACAGCGGCGUGAGUGAUGGACCGCCAUAAUGAGAGGCUGCAGGGCUCCUCCGGGUGCUGAAGGCGUCGCGAUGGAGGAGCGACGCCACCAGCGUCAUCCCGGGUGACGGCUAGCCAUGCUGCUGCAUUUCCGCGUGGCAAAUCAGUCACGUGAUAGCGUCCUCCCGCUCGCCUUCCUCGUGCUACCGUCGUUUCUGUUAUUUGGUGUGGUCGUGGAAGCCCAAGGCGUGGGUUCGCUGCAUGCCAACAAGUACAGUACUCGGGUGGUGAGGACCAAAUACGGCCCACUCAGAGGCGUCGUCCUUCAGCAACUGCACCCGCAGGUCGAGGCGUUCCUCGGCGUCCCCUACGCUACGCCUCCUGUCGGAUCCCUGAGGUACAUGCCUCCUGUGACCCCCUCCAUGUGGCGGAAUACACGUCACGCCGACUCAUUCUCACCGGUGUGCCCUCAGAGACCGCCCGACAUCGGGAAUCGAACCGAGGCUUUGCUGGAACUGCCGCGUGGCAGGCUGCUCUACCUGGAGAAGCUGCUGCCUCUCCUCGUGAACCAGAGCGAGGACUGCCUGUACCUCAACAUUUACGUUCCUGUCGGAGGCGAGGUCCAGUCUCCGCUACCCGUCAUCCUGUACGUCCACGGAGAGUCCUACGAGUGGAACUCUGGAAACCCUUACGACGGCAGCGUCCUGGCCAGUUACGGGCACGUCUUGGUUGUCACCAUUAACUUCCGGCUCGGGGUACUUGGGUUUCUCAAGACGGGAGCGAGAGGCAGUGCGCAGGGCAACUUCGGGCUCAUGGACCUGGUAGCAGGGCUUCACUGGCUCAGGGAGAACAUCCCUGCCUUCGGCGGCGACCCUGAGAGGAUCACACUUCUGGGCCACGGGACAGGAGCAGCACUGAGCAACAUCAUUGCCGUGUCACCGGUCGCCAAAGAACUGCUGCACCGCGUGGUGAUGCUGAGUGGGUCUGGCCUCAGUCCCUGGGCCCUGCAACGAGAGCCUCUGGCGGUCAAGAGAAAGGUAGCAGAACAGACUGGGUGCCAUGGUGACCUGGUGGAAGAUGACCUUGCUCCAUGCCUGCGAGCGAAGCCUCUCUCCGACCUGCUAUCAAUUCGGGUGGACCCCCCGCGCUUCCUGCCAGGUUUCGCCCCCUUUGUGGAUGGCACAGUGCUUACUAGUGAGAGUGCAGGAAGAGGGUUUGCCGAUACCAGUUUACUGUUAGGGGUGGGUCUGCAACAGCAAGGGACUGCAGGAGUGGGCUUUGAAAUGGCCGAUUUCCCUGACAGAGACCUUCUGUUCGGCCUGACAACAACAGAAUCUUAUUUGGAUCUCAGUGCACAAGACCUUGAGUUCGGGUUCAAUGAGAGUCGCAGGGACCGGAUAUUGCGCACAUAUGUCCGGAAUGCUUAUAUCUAUCAUCUGAAUGAGAUCUUCUCAACGCUGAAGAAUGAGUACACAGACUGGGAGCGCCCUGUGCAAAACCCGCUCAAUGUGCGUGAUGCGACGCUAGAGGUGCUUAGUGAUGGCCACACAGUGGCGCCACUAAUAAAAGUUGGCUAUCUGCACACCCUGCGUGGGGGGCGCACAUAUUUCCUGCAUUUCCAUCACCAGUCGGGCGAGAGAGACUUUCCCCAGCGAUUGGGAAGUGUGAGGGGAGAGGAUGUGCCUUAUGUACUGGGCCUGCCACUUGUCGGCGGGCAACCCUUCUUCCCGCACAACUACACUCGUCAGGAUGGCUCUGUCUCCCGCCUGCUCGUACACUACCUCUCCAACUUUGCCAGAAAAGGUGACCCAAACAGCGCAGUUCCAGACCGACAACAAAAUACAGAUAAGGACAGUGAGGCAGAAUCAAAGGCAGCACCUUUCUGGGAUACAUACGACCCCAUCAACCAACUUUAUCUGGAACUGGGACUGAGGCCAGAGAUGAGGAAUCACUACCGUGGCCACAAGAUGUCCCUGUGGUUGAACCUGAUUCCUCAGUUGCACAGGCCUGGAGGGGAUGAUCUUAACAUGCGACAUCACCACUUUCAGGAAGAAGGAGCACAGUUUUAUGAGGGUUCAGUGAGGCCGCAAACCCUGCAGCGACCCAACUUGGCCCCACAGCACACAUCCAGUACUGUCAUGACUCCAACAACAGCAGCCCCUAGCACAAGCACAAAGACAGAUCCAGCCAGCAGCACUACCACAGAAUGUCCGCCCAAUGUGACCAGCAACACAGUGAACAGUGGAACCUUGCGACCCGGCAGCAACCAUAACAACUUGCUGCGGAAACUCGCGUCCAGCCAUUACCAGAGCUACACCACAGCACUGACAGUCACAAUAGCAGUCGGGUGCUUCCUGUUGCUCCUCAACAUUCUCAUCUUCGCAGGGAUCUACCAUCAGAGGGACCGAGGGGGCUCAGGAGGACAUUUUGGUGACAAGAAAAAGGAGGAGCUGGCAGAGGUGGGCAGUUGCAGCAGUAGUUCAGGAGACGGACACCAUUUUGAGAGUAAGCAUGCACUUGUGGAUCACGUGGUGCUGUCAACUUCGCAGCAGCAUCUCCACCCGUCCGCAUCAGCUGCAGCGAUAGAACUCCCACUGCAGGAGUUCAAAACAUCGCCCACAUCCGGAACAAAAACUAGGCCAAACUGCACUAACACGGAACAGCAGCCUCCAAGUUAUGAUCCCAGUGAAAACACUGAGCCACCUGCCGAGAAACAGAACACACAGGCUCCACCACUACCUCCGCACCUAACCAGCCCCUCCAUUCCAGAUCCACCCCCACCACCCAAAACACUACCACCCUCACAGUGUAAUCAAAUUGGUGCAAGUGGAGGGAUCUUGCGUCAGCAAGGUUGUCCUCAGACACCUGGAAGCAUGAAGAAGCGAGUGCAAAUACAGGAGAUCUCUGUGUGAUGUGUUCACCUGUGACAUCCUUUCCUUGUCACAAACAUUAACAUGCGUUAACAAUUUUGUUAGACGAUUUUCAGUGUAUUCCAUAUUUUCAUUGUCAUUUCCUUAGUCAUCGUACUUACACUGUCCUCGAAACUUGUUCCACAGACUCAAUAAAAUACAGUACAUAUAUUUUCAAUGCAUAUUUUAAUACAGUUCAGACCUGCUUUGCGGUAGUAGUUGCACUUAUGUAGGAGGGCAAGCUCAGCAGUGAAGCAUGGAUCAGUUGAAGUUGAAGUCAUGUCCAUUGUAACUGACCCUAAACACAGGUCCCA